AUGUUCCCGAUAACCGACUAUCGCAUUACCAAAGAAUUCAGCAAAUUGUACAACACUUUUGAAAGCAUAGGCGAUUUGGUACUACUAAAGAACGAGAAUACUCCACCCAUGUGUUGGCCUUUAGGAAGGAUUACACAACUACAUCCUGGUGACGAUGAGGUUGUGAGUGUAGCGAGUGUUCAAACGACAAACGGUGUUGUGAAACGCGCAAUCACAAAAAUAUGUAAACUUCCGCUAGAAGUUACUGAUAAAGAUGAUGGUGCUGUAGAUGGUGGCGAUGUAGAUAAUGGCGAUGUAGAUGAUGGUGAUGUAGAUUAUGGUGGUAUAAAUGAUGGUGGUGUAGAUGUAGAUGAUGUCGAUGAUGGCGAUAUAGACGUAGAUGAGGGUGAUGUAGAUGAUGACGAUGUGGAUGAUAGUAAUGUAGAUGAUGAUUAUGGUGAUGUAGAUGAUGCUGAUGUAGAUCAUGGCGAUAUAGAUAACAGUGAUGUAGAUGAUGACGAUGUAGAUGUUGAUGAUGGAGAUGUAGAUGAUGGUGAUGUAGAUAAUAGCGAUGCAGAUUAUGGUGAUGUUGAUGAUGGUAAUGUAGAUGACGGUGCUGUAGAUGAUGAUGCAAUUAUGGUGAUGUAG